AAAUUUGGCUAAUUAUAUAGUCAUAAUUUUCAAAAAAGCUUGAAGUAAUGGGAGAGGUUAAUGGAUUUAAGGGACAUGAUAUGUUGGCACCCUUUACAGCGGGAUGGCAAAUUGAUAUGGGACCUUUAGUUAUAGAAAGGGCUGAGGGUUCUUAUGUCUAUGAUAUAAAUGGGAAGAAGUAUCUUGAUUCUUUAUCUGGUUUAUGGUGCACAUCAUUAGGAGGGAGUGAGGCCCGUCUUAUUGAAGCUGCAAAUAAACAACUCAACACGUUGCCAUUUUACCAUUCAUUUUGGAAUCGUACCACAAAACCUUCUCUGGAUCUUGCAAAGGAGCUCCUAGAUAUGUUUACUGCAAAAAAAAUGGCAAAAGUUUUUUUCACAAAUAGUGGAUCAGAAGCUAAUGACACUCAGGUGAAGUUGGUGUGGUAUUACAACAAUGCCCUUGGAAGGCCAAACAAAAAGAAAAUUAUUGCUCAAGAAAACUCAUACCAUGGUUCCACUUACCUGACUGCUGGUCUCUCUGGGCUUCCUGUACUACAUCAAAAAUUUGAUUUGCCACCUCCACGUAUUUUGCACACUCAGUGCCCUCAUUAUUGGAGCAAUCACUUGCCUGGUGAGACAGAAGAGGAGUUCUCAACUAGGUUGGCAAAUAAUUUGGAAAAUCUUAUACUCAAAGAAGGGCCUGAAACAGUAGCUGCUUUCAUUGCGGAACCAGUCAUGGGAGGAGCAGGUGUCAUAGUUCCUCCGGCUACCUAUUUUGAUAAGAUCCAAGUUGUUUUAAAGAAGUAUGACAUUCUCUUUAUCGCGGAUGAGGUGAUAUGUGGAUUUGGAAGACUUGGGACAAUGUUUGGCUGUGAUAAGUACAACAUUAAACCUGAUCUUGUCUCUUUGGCAAAGGCUCUUUCUGGUGGAUAUGUACCAAUUGGUGCUGUGCUUGUAAGCCCUGAAAUUUCCAAUGUCAUACUUUCUGAAAGCAACAAAAUUGGUGUUUUUUGCCAUGGAUUUACUUAUUCUGGGCAUCCUGUUGCGUGCGCGGUUGCGUUGGAAGCCCUAAAAAUCUAUAAAGAAAGAAAUAUUCUUGAGGUAGUGAACAAACUAUCAUCAAAGUUCCAAGAAGGCUUGAAAGCAUUUGCCGAUAGUCCCAUUAUUGGGGAGAUAAGGGGAACCGGUUUGGUACUUUCUACGGACUUUGUAAAUAACAAAUCUCCUAAUGAUCCAUUUCCAUAUGAUUGGGGUGUUGGUACAUAUUUUGGAGCACAAUGUCAAAAGUAUGGAAUGUUGGUAAGUUUUUCUGGUGAUCACGUAAAUAUGGCUCCUCCAUUCAGCAUGACUCUUGAAGAACUUGAUGAGAUGAUAAGCAUAUAUAAGAAAGCAUUGAAGGACACUGAGAAGAGAGUAGAAGAACUUAAGGCUAUGAAGAAGUAAAAAGUCAUG